CACUCAUGGAGGGCAUAUGAGACCUAUGCCUGGGGAAUGGAUGAGUUGACGCCCUUGACAAAGGGUGGCAAUGAUGCCUUUGGCGGCCUGGGAGCCACCCUCAUUGAUAGCCUGGACACUCUGCACAUGAUGGGCUUGUACAGUGACUUCAGAAGGGCGAGAGAUUGGGUGGCAACACAGCUAGACCUGCAGCAUGACGCAAAGUUGUCUUUAUUUGAAGUCACAAUUCGAAUUGUUGGCGGCCUGAUUGCCGCUUAUGACGCCUGUGGCGACGCAGUCUUUCUCACCAAAGCCGAUGAACUGGCAUCCAAGAUGCUUGACAACUUCAGGAGCACAGAACAAGGUGUGCUGAAGCAUUUGCAUUUAAUCUACACAGAUAUUCCAUUGAACAUCUUUAGAUGCUGUACAUGUAAUGCCAUGGAAAGCCAUUAUGCUACCACGCCAGAAACCGUGAGUCUGGCAGAGUUUGGGUCGUUCUCCCUGGAGUGGCAUGCUUUGUCGGCCCGCACUGGCAAGCCAGAGUAUGGGAUUCAAGCUGAUAAGAUCAUAGAUGGUCUCAAUCAACGCUACCCAAAGCAGGCGUUCCUGCCAACCUGGUUCAACAGGCACACGGGCAAAUACAAUCCGGGUAACAUGUACACUGUUGGAGGACUGGCUGACUCAUACUUUGAGUACCUGCUGAAGCUGUGGCUCUUGCGAGGCAGAAGGGGAGAGGUGUACAGGAGUAUGUGGGAGAGGGCUAUGGAUGAGGUUUUGGAUCGGCUGCUGCAUGUGUCUUCAGACGGCCUGAGUUAUGUGGGUCAUAUCAGUGUUGCCAAGAGAGCGGGCUCCCAAGGCACCUUCAAACCCAAGAUGGAGCAUCUGGCCUGCUACCUGCCUGGUAAUCUCGCCCUGGGGGUAGGGGAGGGUGCUGUCCGGGGUGCCAAGGCGCACCUGUAUGCAUCUGUGGCGGCCAACCUCACCUACACAUGCUGGCAGAUGUACGAGCGCAUGCCCACAGGAUUGGCACCAGAGGCUGUCAGCUUUGACCCAGUGGUGGGCAUGACCGUGGAGAAGGGCUCAGGGAGGAACAUCCUCCGGCCAGAGACCAUAGAGUCCCUGUACUACAUGUGGCGGCUGACCGGGGACCGUAAAUACCGUGACUGGGGCUGGGAAAUCUUUCAAGCCUUCCAGAAGCAUUCCAGGGGCAAGACCGGCUACCACUCCAUUUCGGAUGUCAUGAAGGUGCCUCCACAGGCAGAGGACAAGAUGGAGAGCUUCUGGCUUGCGGAGACCCUGAAAUAUACAUGGCUCUUAUUCGGGAAGCCUGAUGCUCUGCCGCUCGACAAAUACGUUCUUAACACCGAGGCGCACCCUCUGCUCAUUAAAGCGGCGGCGGCAUGA